AUGGCCCAGGGAACCCUAUACUGGUCCGACAGAUACGUUAGACCCAUCAUUCCUCGUGCUCUCAUUGAGCAUUUCCAAUUGAACUUCAAAGUGGUAGAUAUUUUCGAAAAUGAAGGUAAAUUCUCCAACGAGUUCCCUCUACUGAGAUCUCCCUCCUUGAUUACUCCGGACGGGACCCAGAUAACAGAGGCCAUGGCCGUUAAUUACUACUUGAUCAAGCAAUUGCAUGACCCUCAAUUAGAGAAACAAUUGCUCGGUUCAUUCGAUGACGUUGAAACAUACGCUCAGAUGUUAAGAUGGCAGUCUCUGGCCAAUACUGAUUUCCAUGAUCAGAUGGCCAAUUACGUUAAACCAUAUGUAGGAAUGGUACCUUUUGAUGAUAUUGCGGUACAGAAGGCGUGGAAAAAUUUGGAAACGAUGUUCGACGUUUAUGAAAACAUCUUAAAGAAGCAGCAUUACUUGAUUAAUGAUACUCAUAUUACGUUGGCUGACCUAAUGACGUUUGCACCAUUAACCUUUGGGAUGAGAAACGUGCUGGGUGAUGAAUGGAGAGCUCAUCAUCCGAACAUAACGAGAUGGUUCAUCGACAUCUUGCAAUCCCCCAUCGUGAAAAAUAGUUUCAAGGACUUCCAGUUUGCAGCUAAGGAACCCGCCAGACCUUGA